AUGGGUAAUGACGGUGGCAGUAUCCCCACCCGUCGCGAACUCGUCCGCGAAGCGGCCCGCGCCCCAAGCACGGCGCAAGUCAAAGAAGCACAGCGCGAACAGCAAGAACACUCCUGGACAACCUGCCCUCUCUCGCACAAAGUCCUAGCUCGUCCGGUAGUUUCAGACUCAGUCGGAAACCUUUACAACAAAGACGCUGUACUCCAAUUCCUGCUCCCCGGCGACGACGGCGAGGGCAUCAGCUCCAAGUCCGACUGCGAGGAGAUCCUGUGCGGGCGAAUCAAGUCUCUCCGGGAUGUUGUUGAGCUUCAUUUCGAGAUCGACACUGAGCGCAACGAGCACCCGUCUGACCGCGCGCAUGCGCACCGCCAUGAGCGCCGCGAGGGCUGGAUCUGUCCGAUUACGGCGAAGCCGCUGGGUCCGGCUGUGAAGUCGGUUUAUCUGGUUCCGUGUGGCCAUGUCUUUGCUGAGGAGGCGAUUCGGCAGCUUAAGGGCGAUAGGUGCCUGCAGUGCGACGAGCCCUACACUGAAGACAACAUCAUCGUGAUCCUGCCGACCAAAGAGGAGGAUAAGCAGCGCCUUAUUUCCCGUGGUGCGAUGCUUGCUGAGCAAGGUCUCACCCAUUCUCUGAAGAAAGCACCCGGCUCGAAGAAGCGCAAGAAGCAUGCUACCACCGAGGGCUCUGCCGAUCCUGCCACCGAUGGUGCGGAGACGAAGAAAUCCACCGCCGCUUCUGGCGCCAAUGGAAAUGGUAUCAAGAAUGCGGCGACAGCUUCGCUCACUGCUCGUGUGCUGAACGAAGAGAAUGAGAAGAAGAAGCGGCGGAAGAUGAUGGGUCUGAGUGAUAAUCUUGACAGUCUUUUCACAAAAGAGACUAAAGACGGCAAGAAAAGUGGUGACUUUAUGACUAGAGGGUUCAGUAUUCCCUCUUCUGCGCGGCGGUAA